GAUGAUGAUUCAAAGAUGAUUGAAGCUUUUGCAAAUCAUUUAAGCAGUCAUCUUGGACGACAUCUAUUCUAUUGGGCCAUUGAUAGCACUGUGGUGCCACCAACUGGCAGCGUCGGCCUCAAUCUGCGUCUCUCCGAGCUAAUUAACAAAUUUCACGGCCCCCUUGAACGGGGUGUGCAGGUGUUGGAUCAUUUGCUGACGCUCGAGGAGGACGAUUUUGCUGGCCAUUGGGGCAGCGCCUAUGCCCACAAUUAUGAGCCAGAGUAUGCGGCUCGUGUGCCGGAAAAUCAAGAGAUGCCGCCACCGGAAUACAUGGAGACUCUCAACAAUGGCAACGGAUUGCUGCACUCACCGCCUCACAAUCAUCAACAGCAGCAGCAGCAGCAACAACAAAGGGGUGGAGGAGUAGCUCUAUCGCCACCAGGGGGAGGUGGACCAUCGGGCAGUUCGGCGGAUCACAAUAUACAAAUAACUCAGCCAAUUAGUGCACCAUCUUCACCUCUAGCCUCACCGGGAGCUGUCAAUGGUGGAGGAAGUGGUGGCGUCAGCGGCAGCGGACUCGGCGUUGGCAUUGGCAGUCCAACUGCAUUUUGCUUACCCUCCGGUUCGGGGGCGGCUCAAGCUGCGGCAGCGAUAGCAGCCGCUGCAGCCACAUUAAACACACAUACGCCCACCAGCGGCAGUGGCUCGUAUGUUUGCUCAGCUGGCACGAAUAGUAGCAGCAGUUAUGCGGCAGUUGGUGCAUCUAAUGCCAUCGACACUGCCGAUCCCAACUGGCAAGCCAGCAAGGCAACCGUAUUAGAGCGAAAUGCGGCCAUGUUCAACAAUGAAUUGAUGUCCGAUGUCACCUUCGUUGUGGGUGGCGAAUUUGAUAAUGAUCCUGUACAAACAAUACCCGCGCACAAAUAUAUAUUGGCCACAGGCAGCUCAGUCUUUUAUGCCAUGUUCUAUGGUGGAUUGGCGGAGAACAAGCAGGAAAUCAAAGUGCCUGAUGUAGAGCCCACAGCCUUUCUAACAUUGUUAAGAUACCUCUAUUGUGAUGAAAUCAAAUUGGAACCAGAACACAUUUUGGCCACUCUUUAUGCGGCUAAGAAGUAUAUUGUUCCCCAUUUGGCUCGCGCAUGCGUCAACUAUCUCGAGGUUAAGUUGACGGCAAAAAACGCCUGCCUACUUCUCAGUCAAUCGCGUCUUUUCGAGGAGCCCGAACUGAUGCAGCGUUGCUGGGAAGUGAUCGACGCUCAGGCCGAGAUGGCGGUUAAGUCCGAGGAUUUCGUGGAUAUUGAUCUAAAGACGUUCGAGUCGAUAUUGUCACGCGAGACGCUAAAUUGCAAGGAGAUUCAUCUGUUUGAGGCCGCCCUAAAUUGGGCCCUCAAUGCCUGCGAGAAGAUGAGCAUCGAUGAGACGCCCCAGAAUAAACGUAGAUUGCUGGGACAAGCAUUGCAUUUAAUACGUAUACCCACAAUGACGCUCGAGGAGUUUGCCAAUGGAGUGGCUCAGACAGGGAUUCUAACGUCCCAGGAGACAAUUGACAUGUUUUUGCAUUUUACAGCGAAAGUGAAGCCAAUUUUGGGUUUCCCAACACGUUCCCGUGCCGGUCUAAAGACCCAAGUGUGCCAUCGCUUUCAAUCGUGUGCGUAUCGCUCGAAUCAGUGGCGCUACCGUGGACGCUGUGAUUCCAUACAAUUUUCAGUGGAUCGUCGCAUUUUCAUUGUUGGCUUUGGACUCUAUGGAUCCUCAACAGGGGCUGCCAAUUACAAUGUCAAGAUUGAGCUCAAACGUCUGGGACGCACACUGGCCGAAAAUGAUACAAAAUUCUUCUCGGAUGGCUCUAGCAAUACCUUCCAUGUAUUCUUCGAGAAUCCCAUACAAAUUGAGCCCGAAUGCUAUUACACUGCAUCGGUAAUACUCGAUGGCAAUGAGCUGAGCUUCUUUGGCCAAGAGGGCAUGUCCGAGGUGCUGAUGGGUAAUGUGACAUUCCAGUUCCAAUGCUCAUCGGAAAGUACGAAUGGCACUGGAGUGCAAGGUGGCCAGAUACCGGAAUUGAUAUUCUAUGGGCCAACUAGUCCUGUUACCGCUUUAAGUUCACCAACAAAUUCAUUGUGUGCCACGCCUAUUGGCGGUGGUGGUAUAAGUGGAAUGAUUGGCGCAAGCGGCACAGGAAAUGGCAGCACAAAUGGGCCAGCAGCAACAGGUACAACUGCAACGGCAGCGGCAACAACUGUCGGUGGCAAUAAUGUAAAUAAUGCUGGUGCUGCUGUUGAGGAAUUGGCAGAGACAACCACCGGGAGUAGCAGCAGCACCUGAUGCGCACAGCUUUACUGCGCUGAAUGGCAGGGCGCUUGCUAUUAUCGUCAACAGCAGCAGCAGCAGCAGCAACAACAACCACAAAGGAGACCAACAACAGCAACAAACAAAGCACAGAAUAUACAAAACAGAAGAAACUCAUGGGUUUUCAGUGCCAGUCAACAGGGCAAAUUGGAGUUUUAAGCAGAUGUAACCGUUAUAUACAUACAUACAUAUAUAUUAUAUACACUAUAAUAUAGUAGAGUGCUCUAGUUUUCAUAUUAAUCCUAUACAUUUAUAGUCUGUUGGUAUAUAUAUAUACAUAUACACAAUAUAUACACUUAUAUUUCCAAAUCGAAUCCAUAGAAGUAGAAAAAUACAAAUUACGUUCCACAACAUUUGAGACGUUGCAAAAGAUGGUAGAUGGGGUAGAAAAGUAAGACGGGGUUUACGCAAUAAGCUAAUGAAAAUCGGGGCAAUCAGUCAACCAAUAUUCUAAAUAAAAGACACAAAACAUACACCACAAACACACACAUAUAUAUAAAUACACUACAUAAAAGCAUAUAUAUACAUCUAUUUUGCCAGCAUAUUCUAUAUAUACUCUAUAUAUAUAUAUAUAUAUUUGAAAAAUCAUAAAACAUGUUGAAUUGCAUACGAAUUUGAAAGCCAAGUUAACCAGUUAACAAGAAAUCUCUUGUUGUACCAAUUGAAAAGUCAUAUAGUAGUAAAAAUGAAUUAUAGUAGCCACAUUAAUAAUCCUAAAUUGUCAAAUAGAUUCUUAUAUAUCUCUAUAUUCAUAUAUACAUAUUAUGUCAUCUAUUAUUACUGUUCUUUUUUAACGCACAACAAUCAAAUUUUAUGUUCAAUCUUUAACUUUUCCUUUUUGAUAAGUUUCUGUUUGAAAAAAUGUACUGAUAUUUUCUAUCUGGUUUGUUUAAAACAAAAGUAUUUAAAUAUACUUGAGUAUAUACGUUAUUCUAUACGAUAUGGUUAUGAAUCUUAAUAACAUUAUGUACUUUAAUUAAAUAAAAUACAUUUAACCGAUUUCUAGCGAA